GGUAAAACUUGAACGCAUACAAAAGGGCGAAGACAAGAGGGAAAAAAAUAGCACUAAAUUCAUACUGUGCGCGUACCUGGGCGUACUUGUGUGACUCUAAUGGGACAGCGAGGUUCCACACAACCAGAGGUCCGGGUCCUCCUCCUGGGUCUGGACAACGCGGGCAAGUCGAGCCUCUUGUACAAGCUGAAAAUCAACAAGUUCGUCGGCACGGUUCCCACCAUCGGCUUCAAUGUGGAAAUGCUCGACGUGAGGAAGAACAAGAAGAAUUUUGCCUUGACCGUGUGGGACGUGGGCGGCCAAGCGGAAAUGCGGCGCCACUGGCGGAGCUUCUACCAGGACACCGCCGCCGUCGUCUUCGUGGUGGACAGCGCGGACCGGUCCAGGGUGCAGGAGGCCAAGCGGGAGCUGGAGAACGCCCUGAGGAGCGAGCAGCUCCGCGGCCGUCCGCUCAUCGUGCUCGCCAACAAGCAGGACGUGGACGGCGCUAUGACCGUGAGCGAAGUCAAAGACUUCUUCAACCUGAGGAGGAUUUGCGCCGAGAGGGACUGGUACGUCCAGCCGUGCUCCGCGUCCACGGGCUUCGGCCUGGAGGAAGCCCUCAAGAGGGUCAGCCACAUGACCAAGCUGCCGUCGGAAUCGGCAGCCCACGUCAAGGAGAACAUUAAGGGCACCGUUAAUUAUAUCAGAGCGAAGUCUGUGCGGCGUUGAAUGUGGACUACGAUCCGAGUUUUGACGACACUUGGGAAGAAUCCAAAAACGCUUUGGGGUGGAAACUGACACGGUUGUGGUAAUCGGAAUUUGAUGUAUGGCUUUGAGAAUCGGGGAGUCCAAGUACAGUAAUGAAAAGUCACCAUUUUGGAAGAAAAAUAAUUGUGUCAGUGUUCAGAGUAGAAAAUGACUACUUUUGAAAUCUGCUUCAAUCAAAACAGACAAUUACAGCGCAGCAGUUUUUAAAUCUUUCCAUAAAAAUAAUUUCAAUCCCAGUUUUGAACGUUUGGGAAUACUGGUCCCAUUUAAAUUCGCUAAAUAAGAUCGUGUCAACAAAAACAUACAAGAACUUAGUAUUGUGACACGUAUAAAUCAACACUUUGGACCUUCAAGGAUCAUCGACUAUAUUUUUGUAAAUUUAAUUUGAAUUGCAGUUUAGGAGUUAUGUUUUGAUUAAUUGAAUGAUGAUUUGUUUAGGAAUUUUGAGAAAGAGCUGUGCUAACAUUUUGUAACCAAUAGUGUCAACGUUUCAACCAAAAAGGUAGAUACUUUUUAAUCCAAGACCUGAAAAAAAAGGCCAUUAUGAAAUCUUAAUACUUUGGUACCAUUUCAAUCAACCACAUAAACUGUACACCAAUAAUGGACAGGUUUUGAACUACCGUAUUACGAUAUAAAGGCUUAGAGAACACUGGUACAGGAUUGUAGUAAGCAUUAAUUAAAAUUGUGGUUUAAAAUAGUCCCGUUUAAAAAUAAUGUACCUUACACUAUUGUCUGAGCAACCUCAUUUGAUUGCUGCAAUAUUGCCAACAAAAUGUAAACACUGCAAUCAAAACCUUAGUAAGAGUUACCAAAAAAAAAAAAAAAAAAAGUCUUAUUUAAUCUAAACACUACUGUAAGAAUAAAUCAGUUUUGGACAUACAAUAAACUAAGAAAAUUUCAUUUGCUUGACCCAAACAAGAAGAAAUUUAGUUAUAUGAAAUGGGCAUCACUUUUUAUUGCUUGGACUAGCAGGAGUGUUUGGAAAUUCAGGAUUAAUUGUGGACCAGAUAAUACAAAGUAUGUACAGUAUUGUAAUUUUUGUUUUCUCUUUCUCCACAUUGUUUGAGCCGAGAACAAUCAUGAACUUGUUUACUAUACACCAACACUGACAAAGGGUUGAAAA